CUUGUCUGAAUAUAAAUUUUUGUUCGGAGGGUGGUAAUUCCGCGAUUAGUGCUAAAGGGUGGGCAGGCGUCCGAGAUAGGCACGCAGUGUGUGUCGCUGUUUCGGUAGUUCUGACAGCUUGAACGUUGUCUUGGGGGUCCGAGCCUGCCCUUAUUUCAGCGAGGAUCAAAACGGAGGUGCCGAUUGCCAUGGCGACAGGUUUAAAGACUUGGCUUACUUUUUAGUCUCCUCCCCCUCAGACGCUUAACGAGCCUAGGCGGCAUCAAGCCUUAAUCUGCCCCCUUCGCUCUGUUCGGGACUGUAUGACUGGAUUCCAGAAUUGGUUCGGUUUGAAAGGAAAGGUUUAUCGUUUGCCUCAACGUACCUUGGCAAGCAUACAGUGGGAAAAGGUCAACCUCUUCUCCAAAGCACCUGAGGGCAGGACAAGAAAUAAGGAUGGAAACCUAUCAUGGAGAGAUCCAACCUAGAACUAAGGAAAAAUUACCUGACAGUGAGAACAAUUAACCAGUCGCACCGCUUGCCUUAAUAAAAGACAGUUUUAUUUUAAGAAACAUCCACAAUGAGUGACAAAAAAGAAACCAGUGAAUCUACAGACACGGGAGAUACCACAGAAGGUGGUGACUAUGAGGAUGAUUUUGAGAAAGACCUUGAGUGGCUAAUUAAUGAAGAAGAAAAAGAAAUUUCUGAUGAUAUACAGAAUCAUGAUGACAAUGAAAAGGAUUUUGAAACUAACACUGACAAAGACUUAGAGGAUAGAAAAAAUCCUUCACAAGAUUCUCUUGAGCCUGAAGAAAUACUGAAGGAUGAGGAACGAAAUUCUUCACAAGAACCUCCUGAGCCUGAGGAAGCCCUAAAUGAUGCAUCACAAAAUGAAAUACAUUCUAUAUUUGAACUUGAUCCUAAGGCAUUGGAACCAGUAUCUGAUACAGAUAGCGAAAGCUCCGGUCAGGAAUCAAGGCUAGAAGACAAGGAGGAAGACGAUGAAGAUAUAAAGCGUUAUAUCUUAGAAAAAAUUGAAGAAGCUAACAAACUUCUGUUGAGUCAGGAGCCUUUAGAUGAAACAAAAGAAAGAAAACUAAAAUUCAAUGAUAGUAUAGUAGAACUAGAAGUACCAUCUUUGAUAAAUGCAGAAGCAGAUAAAAAUGAUCCUUACAGAGAACAAAACAUUGCAGGUAGGCUGUCUCAGUUGCGUAUUUCUAAUGAAACAGGACAGGAAGAUAUAUCUCUGUCCAUCAAUGGUAGUAUGGAUGAUGAGCACAAGGAUGGCAAGAUCCUAGUAGAAAGAGAUGGGAAGUUUGAACUCUUGAGUAUCCGUGACAUUGAAAGUCAAGGCUUAUUUCCUCCUCUGAGUAUUUCUUUCAGUGACAUUGAAACUCAGCAUGUUUCUCCUAAAAGUUCGUAUGCUAGUGCUUUUGGUGCAAAAGACGAGUCCUUCUUGCAAACGCCUAUAACAUCUUGUUCUCCUUGCAAAGAAAGAUAUUUUUUUUUCCCUCAACCACCACCUAUUCGACCAAGCUCUGCCAUCAAUAUUACGAGGAAUAUAGAAAGGGGAAGGAGCCCACGCAGGGUCCAGUCAGCAAAAGUGAGCCUUGAUAUAAGAAGUUCUACAUUCUGUUUAUCACCCAGGCAAAAAGAGCUACAGAAACAAAUAGAGAAAAGAAGAGAGAAAAUAAGAAGAGAGGAAGAAAACCAAAAAAAGAUGUUGGAAGAUGAAAAAAAGAGAGAAAAUGAUAGAGUCUUCCAGGCUUGGCUGCAAAAGAAAAAAGAUCAAAUGCUGCAGGAGAAAAGAGUUCAGCGUGCCAAAGAAAUAGAGAACUUAAAUAGCAGGGAGAAUAGAAAUCCAGAUGAUGCUUUCAAGUUGUGGCUUAAAAGAAAACAGCAGGAACAAAUUAAAGAAAAACAGAUACAAACCCUGAAAGAGCAAGAAGAGGGUAUGUUCUUCCUUCCAAGAACAGUUGAAAAUGACAAAGCUUAUAAACAAUGGCUAAGAAGGAAGAGACGUGAGAAGCGAGAAGAGCAACUAAUUGCUAGAGAACGAUCAAAACAGUUUAGGCAAGAAGCCAGAAGAGCAAAGCAAAUAGAAAAUAUUAUCCAUUCAAUUUCUGAACCAAAGUCCCUUCGCUUUACAGAUUAAUACUGCUGAGAUUUAGAGGCCCUGGAUGCCUCUUGUGUGUUCCAGAAUAUCUUGCAUAGCUUUGAGAUUGCCUGUUGGAAGUGGUUUCUCUUCUGGAAUAUUUUGAAAUCCUUCAAUAAUGGCUUAAUUUUCUCUUAGUAAUUUUUCCCCAUCUUAAACUUGGAAUAAUUAUCUAUUUGUGAAUAGAUCGGGAUUGCCUUCUCAGUUCUAUAAAACUUACAUAUAAUAAAUACUCCUACUGCAA